CUCGGCCAAUUAACACGAGAAAGGGGAACAGAAAAGAGCUCGGGAGCGAUGCAACGUCGCUCGCUCCAUCCCCGCUCGUUUCGUAUCGCCGCUUCGGGCCCCGCCGCCGCGGCGCUCCCCUAUAUAUACGAGCCACGAACUGAAGCCCUUCACCUCCCCCCCACAUGCACUACUCGAGCUCGAGCUGACCAGCCGUACGGUGGUGCUCUGUUUCUUGGCGGCACCACCAAUCCAGGAUCCACCAUGGUGGUCCUCGCGAAGCCGCCGGCGCUCGACCAAAUCUCGCUGGUGAGGUCGCCGGAGCCCGGGGCCGGGCCCCCGUUCCCCGGCGUGCCGGCCGUCGACCUCUCGGCCCCCGGCGCGGCCCUGGCCGUCGUGGACGCGUGCGAGCGGUUCGGGUUCUUCAAGGUCGUCAACCACGGCGUGCCGGCGGGCGUCGCGGACAGGCUGGAGGCCGAGGCCGUCGCGUUCUUCGCCCGGCCGCAGGCGGAGAAGGACGCGUCCGGCCCCGCCGACCCGCUGGGGUACGGGUGCAAGCGCAUCGGCCGCAAUGGCGACACCGGGUGGCUCGAGUACCUCCUCCUCGCCGCCGACCAGGGCGCCGGGGCCUCCCUGCCUGCCCCGCUCUCCGGGGACGCCGUGAGCGAGUACGUGGGCGCCGUGCGCGGGGUGGCGGCGUCGGUGCUGGAGGCGGUGGCGGAGGGGCUCGGCGUGGCGCCGCGGGACGCGCUGAGCAGGAUGGUGGCGGGCGCGGCGAGCGACCGGGCGCUCCGGGUGAACCACUACCCGCCGUGCCCGCUGCUGCAGCGCCUCCCGGACUCGUGCAGCGUGACGGGCUUCGGCGAGCACACGGACCCGCAGCUGGUGUCCGUGCUCCGCUCCAACGACACCGCCGGGCUGCAGCUCGCCCUCCGCGACGGCCGGUGGGUGCCCGUGCCGCCCGACCGCGACGCCGUCUUCGUCAUCGUCGGCGACUCCCUGGAGGUCCUGACGAAUGGGAGGCUGAAAAGUGUGCGGCACCGGGUGGUGGUGGCCAACAGCCGGAAGCCGCGGGUGUCCAUGAUCUACUUCGCGGGGCCGGCGCCGGCGCAGCGGAUGGCGCCGCUGCCGGAGCUGCUGGGCCGCGGCGAGCAGGGCCUGUACAGGGACUUCACGUGGGGCGACUACAAGAAGGCUGCCUACCGCACGCGCCUCGGCGACAACCGCCUGGACCCCUUCCGCGUCUGAUCUAUCUAGGCACCACCCACCUGUAGCGCCAUGCCCCUCCUGCCUGCCUGCCAUCGGCGCCGGGCCUCCCUGCUCCUGGGGAUCACUGGAGGCAACCAGGAGCCAGUACACUACUGAUUGCUUCAUGGACGAGCAGGAAGGGAGGGCCUGGAGAGCUGGGUUAUAGGUAGGUGUGGGUAGGGUUGGAUACGGAGACAGGUGUGUGCUCUGUUGCAUGCAUGCUUAUUGCUUUGUGUUGCUGCCGAUGCCAACUUGCCAAGUGUACAGUGGCUGUGGUACUAGCUACAGGAGAGGGAGCUUUUGUAUUUCAUCUGGGGUCUGGGGCUCCAUGAUGCUAUGCUGUGUGAAUGUUGUGUGUGUGUGUGUGUGUUUUCUAUAACAGAUUUACUCCUCGUCAAUCAUUUGAGGAUUUGUUUAUGUGUCAA